GGGCGUCACUUGCACCUGGGAAGUAGACAUCUCAUCGGCUGCUUGAAAGCUUUCGGGAGUCACCGUUGCGGACGCCGGCACCGGAGCCGGAGGCGACUGCUGCGAUGGCGGCCCCUGCGCAGCCCAAGAAAAUCGUGGCCCCCACGGUGUCCCAGAUCAACGCCGAGUUCGUCACCCAGUUAGCAUGUAAAUACUGGGCUCCGCAUAUCAAGAAGAAAUCACCCUUUGAUAUAAAAGUAAUUGAAGAAAUAUAUGAAAAAGAGAUCGUCAAAUCAAGGUUUGCCAUCAGAAAAAUAAUGCUGUUGGAAUUUAGCCAAUAUCUUGAAAAUUAUCUCUGGAUGAAUUAUUCUCCAGAAGUUUCCAGCAAGGCCUACUUAAUGUCCAUCUGCUGUAUGGUGAAUGAGAAAUUCAGAGAAAAUGUCCCAGCCUGGGAGACCUUUAAGAAGAAGCCAGAGCACUUCCCGUUCUUUUUUAAGUGCAUCUUGAAAGCAGCAUUAGCUGAGACUGAUGGAGACUUCUCCCUCCAUGAGCAGACCGUCCUCCUGCUCUUCCUGGAUCAUUGCUUCAAUAGUUUGGAAGUAGACUUGAUAAGGAGUCAAGUCCAGCAGCUUAUCUCCCUCCCUAUGUGGAUGGGUUUGCAGCCUGCACGAUUGGACUUAGAAUUAAAAAAGACACCAAAGCUAAGAAAAUUCUGGAACUUGAUUAAAAAGAAUGAUGAAAAGAUGGACCCAGAAGCAAGAGAACAGGCCUACCAAGAAAGACGGUUUCUUUCCCAGCUCAUCCAGAAGUUUAUUUCCGUGCUGAAGUCCAUCCCACUUUCUGAGGCUGUCACUAUGGACAAAGUUCAUUACUGUGAAAGGUUCAUCGAACUUAUGAUUGACCUAGAGGCCCUGCUCCCUACAAGGCGCUGGUUUAAUACCAUCCUGGAUGACUCCCACCUUUUGGUUCAUUGUUACCUUUCCAGCCUUGUUCACAGAGAAGAGGAUGGCCAUCUGUUUUCCCAACUUUUAGACAUGCUGAAGUUCUAUACUGGCUUUGAAAUUAAUGACCAGACUGGAAAUGCUCUGACAGAGAAUGAAAUGACCACAAUUCACUAUGACAGAAUUACAUCUCUACAGAGAGCUGCUUUUGCACAUUUCCCCGAACUCUAUGACUUUGCUCUUUCCAAUGUGGCAGAAGUAGAUGCCCGGGAUUCCUUGGUCAAGUUUUUUGGGCCUCUCAGUUCAAACACUCUCCACCAGGUGGCAUCGUACCUCUGUCUCUUGCCAACUCUCCCUAAAAAUGAAGACACAACUUUUGAUAAAGAAUUUCUUCUAGAAUUGCUGGUAUCGCGCCAUGAACGUCGCAUCUCUCAAAUUCAGCAGCUGAAUCAGAUGCCUUUGUAUCCAACUGAGAAAAUUAUAUGGGAUGAAAACAUCGUCCCAACUGAGUACUAUUCUGGGGAAGGCUGUCUUGCUCUCCCCAAGUUGAAUUUGCAGUUUUUAACUCUACAUGACUACCUCCUGAGGAACUUUAAUCUCUUCCGUUUGGAAUCAACUUAUGAAAUUAGACAGGAUAUCGAGGACAGUGUCAGCAGAAUGAAGCCGUGGCAGUCUGAGUAUGGUGGUGUAGUAUUUGGUGGUUGGGCACGAAUGGCUCAGCCCAUUGUGGCUUUUACUGUAGUUGAGGUUGCCAAACCCAACAUUGGUGAAAACUGGCCCACCCGAGUUCGUGCAGAUGUCACCAUCAAUCUGAAUGUCAGAGACCACAUCAAGGAUGAAUGGGAAGGUCUUCGCAAACACGACGUAUGCUUUUUAAUUACUGUGCGUCCCACAAAGCCUUAUGGUACUAAGUUUGACAGGAGGAGACCUUUUAUUGAACAAGUUGGCUUGGUAUACGUCAGAGGCUGUGAAAUCCAGGGCAUGCUUGAUGACAAAGGGCGAGUCAUCGAAGAUGGACCUGAACCCAGACCCAAUCUUCGAGGAGAGUCAAGGACAUUUCGAGUGUUUUUGGACCCAAACCAGUAUCAACAGGAUAUGACCAAUACUAUACAAAAUGGAGCUGAAGAUGUAUAUGACACCUUCAAUGUCAUCAUGAGGAGGAAACCGAAGGAGAAUAACUUUAAGGCUGUGUUGGAGACUAUUCGGAAUCUGAUGAAUACCGACUGCGUGGUACCGGAUUGGCUGCAUGACAUCAUUUUAGGUUAUGGGGACCCAAGUAGUGCCCAUUAUUCAAAAAUGCCCAAUCAGAUUGCUACCCUGGAUUUCAAUGAUACCUUUCUCUCCAUUGAACAUCUAAAAGCCAGCUUUCCUGGUCAUAAUGUUAAAGUGACUGUGAAUGACCCAGCCCUACAAAUACCCCCUUUCAGAAUAACUUUCCCGGUAAGAAGUGGAAAAGGGAAGAAAAGGAAAGAUGCAGACGGAGAAGAAGAUGACACCGAAGAAGCAAAGACCUUAAUUGUAGAACCUCACGUCAUUCCUAAUAGAGGCCCCUACCCUUACAACCAGCCCAAACGUAAUACAAUUCAGUUCACUCAUACACAAAUAGAAGCUAUCCGGGCUGGGAUGCAGCCUGGACUAACUAUGGUUGUGGGUCCACCUGGUACAGGGAAAACAGAUGUUGCAGUCCAGAUCAUAUCCAACAUUUACCACAAUUUUCCAGAACAGAGGACCUUAAUUGUUACUCAUUCUAAUCAGGCUCUGAACCAGUUGUUUGAGAAAAUCAUGGCUUUAGAUAUAGAUGAGCGGCACCUCCUGCGUCUGGGUCAUGGAGAAGAAGAGCUGGAGACAGAGAAAGAUUUUAGCAGGUAUGGAAGAGUUAAUUAUGUCCUGGCUCGAAGAAUAGAACUUUUAGAAGAAGUCAAACGAUUACAAAAGAGUCUGGGGGUUCCAGGAGAUGCUUCAUAUACUUGUGAAACUGCAGGCUAUUUCUUCCUAUACCAGGUAAUGUCACGCUGGGAAGAAUACAUCAGCAAAGUGAAAAAUACAGGGAGCACCUUGCCAGACGCUGCAGAGGUCGCCACAUUCUUCCCAUUUCAUGAAUAUUUUGCGAAUGCACCUCAACCCAUCUUUAAAGGCAGAUCUUACGAAGAAGACAUGGAAAUUGCUGAAGGGUGCUUUAGGCAUAUUAAGAAAAUCUUCACACAGCUUGAAGAAUUCAGAGCCUCGGAACUGCUUCGCAGUGGACUGGACAGAUCCAAGUACCUUUUGGUAAAAGAAGCCAAAAUCAUUGCUAUGACCUGUACUCAUGCUGCCUUGAAACGACAUGACUUGGUGAAGUUGGGUUUCAAGUAUGACAACAUUUUAAUGGAAGAGGCUGCUCAGAUUCUGGAGAUAGAAACCUUUAUACCUCUUCUUCUACAGAAUCCUCAAGAUGGGUUCAGCCGAUUGAAACGAUGGAUUAUGAUUGGUGAUCACCACCAGUUACCUCCAGUCAUUAAGAACAUGGCCUUUCAGAAGUAUUCAAAUAUGGAGCAAUCUCUUUUCACUCGCUUUGUCCGUGUUGGUGUUCCUACUGUGGAUCUUGAUGCUCAAGGGAGAGCCAGGGCAAGCUUGUGUAACCUCUAUAACUGGCGCUACAAGAAUUUGGGCAAUUUGCCACAUGUGCAGCUUCUGCCAGAGUUCAGCACAGCUAAUGCUGGCCUGCUAUAUGACUUCCAGCUCAUCAAUGUGGAAGACUUUCAGGGAGUGGGAGAGUCGGAGCCUAACCCUUACUUCUAUCAGAACCUUGGAGAAGCAGAGUAUGUAGUAGCACUCUUCAUGUACAUGUGCCUGCUUGGUUACCCUGCAGACAAGAUCAGUAUUCUAACAACAUACAAUGGACAAAAGCAUCUGAUACGGGACAUCAUCAAUAGACGAUGUGGGAAUAAUCCAUUGAUCGGAAGGCCAAACAAGGUGACAACUGUUGAUAGAUUUCAAGGUCAACAGAAUGAUUACAUCCUCCUUUCUCUAGUGCGGACCAGGGCUGUGGGCCAUUUGAGGGAUGUCCGUCGCUUGGUGGUAGCCAUGUCAAGAGCCAGGCUUGGCCUUUAUAUCUUCGCUAGAGUAUCCCUCUUCCAAAAUUGUUUCGAACUGACUCCUGCUUUCAGCCAGCUCACUGCUCGCCCACUGCAUUUGCAUAUUAUUCCAACAGAGCCUUUCCCGACCUCCAGAAAGAAUGGAGAAAGACCACCUCAUGAAGUACAGGUGAUAAAGAACAUGCCCCAGAUGGCGAACUUUGUGUACAAUAUGUACAUGCAUUUGAUACAGACUACCCAUCAUUAUAAUCAGACUUUCUUACAACUACCACCUGCAAUGGUGGAAGAAGGUGAGGAAGUUCAGAGUCAAGAAACAGAAAUGGAAGCAGAAGAAGAGACCAUGGCUGCUCAAGCUAAUGUCAUACCCAGUCCACCAGAAGCCAGCUUAAGUCAAGAGAUUCCAGCCCCCCAGCCUGAGAGCUCCAGUCAGACUGAGGCAGCCUCCAGUGAGAUGGAAGACAUCUCUGCUCUGCAGGACACUGCCACUGCAGCCGAGCCUGUGUCUGCAGCAGCAGAAGCCACCACCCUAGAAGAUGCUGCUUCUGUCCCUGCAAAGACCCAAUAACCUAAUCAAAGCCUUUCCCGGGACAUUCCAUUUAUAAAGUUACCCUUUGUGUUUCAUACUUGCAGUAUGACUUUAAUGACACCAACUAAUGUUCCGUCCUUAUUUUUAUUAGCUGGUUUCCUUGUUUUGUAUAUAUUUUUAUUUGUAAAUAUAUAAACAACUCCACAGUUUUCAUUUGUUCGAUCAGAAGAGAAAAUAAUUUUGAUUGCCGAAUGUAUCUGUAAUAAUACCUGAAUUAAAACUUUUUUAUAGAAUA